AUGUCCAAUUUCGAGCCCAAUGCCGUCAUCCGCGGCUUCCAGCUGACCGUAGUAGGGACCCUUCGUGCCUUGUAUAAUCCCGAGCUGUUCAAAUAUGAGCACUUCCGGCAAGCCGCGCUGGCCGUCUUGGUGGGGAUUGUCAUCCAGAUCAUCAUUCAGAUUCCGAUCGUCGCCGUCAAAUUCGCCAUUUAUUUAAUGUCAUGGAUCAUCAACCUGGAUCAGGCGACCUGGGACGACAAGCUUCUCAAUGGCAUGGAUUUCAUGUCCAAGUCUGUUCUGCAGGUCCCAUUUCUGCUGAUGACACUAAUGCGAUAUGUUACCCCAACGCUGGACGAGAUCUUCAUGCAAUCCAUCCAAUGGGUGGACUCGACCUAUAUCCAAAAACACAAGUCCGAAGACCCCAACACCCUGCGUGCCAUGUACUAUCCGCAUUUGAUCCAGUACUCGACCAAAGGAAAGUCUGGUCGCCCCAUCCCAGAGGCGAUCAUGGCCUUUGUGCACAGAUACGCCAAGAAGAUCGGUCUGAUUCUCGGUGUCUACCUUCUCUCUCUGCUUCCCAUCGUUGGUCGGUUCGUUAUGCCAGCCGCAAGUUUCUACACGUUCCGGGACCAUGUCGGCACUGUUCCUGCAGCAGCCAUCUUUGGCGCGGGCUUGGUCUUGCCCAAGCGGUUUAUUGUCAUGUUCCUCCACAGUUACUUUGCAUCCAGAAGCCUGAUGCGCGAGCUAUUGGAGCCCUAUUUCUGCCGCAUCAAAUUCACCUCUGAGCAAAAGCGCCGGUGGUUCCGCGAUCGAGAAGGUGUCUUGUUUGGUUUUGCAUUUGCCUUUACCGUCGUUAUGAGGACCCCGUUUAUCGGUGUACUCAUGUACGGCGUUGCACAGGCGUCGACGGCCUAUCUGAUCACCAAGAUCACCGACCCACCACCGGUCCCGGCCGAGAGUGAGGGUUUCGCGGAGAGCCAAGUGACCUGGAAGAAUAAGCACGAUUUUCUGCGCCUGUCACUCGAUAACCUUGACCGACUCAAUGUCGCGAUGGACGAUGACAGCGAGAGCAGUUCGCAAAGCCACUCUGGGAAGAAGCUUACGUAG